AUGAUUCGUGUUUCUGUCGACGGUAAUGGAAAUAAAAUACAAGGUUUUGUCAUACAGGGUAGAUUGGGAAUCAACAAACCCGCAAUUGGCAGCUUCAUAAACGUUAAGAAUCCUAACGAGGCUAACGAGGCUAACGUUAGGUAUCUGGACUGCUCACUUGCUGAGACAAUUAUAUUUAUAAGUGGAAACGUCAUUGUCCUGGUGGUGGUGAAAAAACAAACUACGCGGAAUAUUAUCGAUAUUUUGAUUGCUCAUUUAUCUAUAUUUGACAUCACGCUGAUAGUUUUUACGACACCUCCACUAUUUCUGCAGCAUAUCAACAACAGCAUUCAACUUGGAAAAAUCUUCCAAAAAAUUUUCGAAUGUGUAACCACCUUUUGUGCGGUUAUUUCUGUAUAUACAGUAGUAGCUAUAGCAAUAGAAAGCGUAUUUUUUGCGUAUAAUGUCCUCCCGUUUGUGACAGUAUUUCACUUGUAUUCACGGAUUAUUAUGAAGCUCCGAAGUCGUGGUAAAGAAGUGAGACUGUCACACGCGACGAGAAGUCAACAGAGCAACUUUACGAUCAACAAUCACCGCAAAACCAUGGUUAUGUUAAUCACAGUUCUUGUUGCAAUCUUGGUAUGCCAUUGGCCAUACACAAUAUUUCAUAUAAUCAUGGCAUUCAAUGAAGUACGAACAAUGAGCACCACCCUAGAGCUACUUAAUUCAUCGCUACGACUACUUUCGUUUCUUCCACCAAUCAUCAAUCCUAUCCUUUACAAUUUUUUCAGCGAUAAAUUUCGCGCUGGUUUUCGUCAAGUGCUUUUAAGCAAUUUGUAACAAUAAUUCACGACAGCACUA